UGAGCGGAAAAUUUGGAAUUUUUCAAACUAAAAGUUAUUUGUUUGAGCUAAUAAACUUGUUUUUGCCUCUUUAGUGACUUAACUUAGUGUUUAAUCGUUAGAAACGUUGUUAUCAACAGUAAAACUUUCCAAAAUGUUGGAUUCGCUCCUGCUCACUUCCGCCCACCUCAACACGGCCAUCCAAACGGUGGACGUGGCGGGCUGGGAACUCACCGAGCGCACCAACGCCUGGAUCAACCUGCUCUGCCUGGAGGACGAUUCCACCGCGAAGCUGCUCCGCUCCGAACGCAGGCACUUCCAAUCGUUCGACCGCGAACAGUCGCACUACUUCCGGUCGCGGUUCCGCAGCCUGCCGGAUGUUUGCGUGACCGAUCUGCGGUCCGCGUGCGACCAGCUGAAGGCGCACGAGUGGCCCGUCGUUCACUACUGUGGCCACUCGGUGGAUCAGCGGCCGGCGCGCCGACCGGAAGUGGCGGCGAGCUUUUGGUGCAACGAUGACCGGUACCAGAAGCUGGUGGAGGUUCCGGUGGCUGAGGUGGGUGAGUGGCUCCGCAUGCCGGCGGUUUUCAUCGUGGAGUGCAACUCGGCCCAGACCGUGCUGGACGGGUUGCCGGAGGAUGGGGAUGGGAGUUUGUAUUUGGGGGUUUGUGGUCGGGGGGAGCGACUUCCGUUUCGAGGGGGUGUGAGGAAGGAUCUUUUCGGCUGCUUGUUGACGUGCCCGGUGAAAACGGCGGUUGAGUUGCAUCGCUGCAAGCUUGGGAAGAAGGGGCAGCCGCUGGAGCGGCUUCCGGGACAUUUGCCCAACCGGAAGAUGCUGCUGGGUCAGCUGGAUUGGGUGCUGACGCUGAUGUUGGAUGCCAUUGGGGAGCGGACGCUUCCGGCGGAGUUGUUUGAGCGGUUGUUUCGCGGGGAUUUGAUGGUGGCCACAAUGUUUAGGCGGUUUCUACUGGCUCAGCGGACGCUUCCGGCGUACGGAUGCAAUCCGGUUUCGAAGCCGGAACUGCCGAAUUGUGCGCAAGAUGGGCUUUGGGCUGUGUGGGACAAGCUGCUGGAUCGGGCGGUGGAUUUGCUGGAGGCGCAGGAUGAGCGCGAGUGUCGGCUGGUGGAGAUGUUCUUCCGGUUGGUGAUGGAGGAGGACAAGGGAACGUAUCUCCCAUUCAUCCCGCACGCCUUGACGGUUCCUCAGCAGAGUGUUUCUGCGCUGGACAAACUAUCAAACUGUUGGCCGGAAGUCCAAGCCGACCCCAAGCUGCAACAGUUUGUGUUUGCUGGGUUGAUGGAGUUGCUAAAAUCGAAUGAAGACCCUCAGAUCUUUGCCAAAGCUAUCAACAGCGCCAUGAAGCUUCUCACGAUCAACUCGGAAAACAUUCCGAGCUUGAAGCAGUUGGAAGGGGUCAAUCUUAUUGGCAAACUUCCGGUCGAAUUCAGCGAUGAUCUCGUUGUGAAGACGAUUGUUCUGCAGCUGUUUGCGGAACAAAGUUCCGAAGAGAAGGAUCGUUGUCAAUUGCUUCUGAACUCGUGCGAGAAGUUGCUCGAGCAUUCCAAUGCGGACAUCCGCCUGUGGUCGAUUCUGCUCAUGACCAAGAUCGGUUCUAAUCAUCCGUCGUUGGAGUCGCUUCUCACCGAUCCCGUCCCGAAGGUCCGUACGGCAGCGAUGACCGGCUGGAUUGCGGCCAACCUGGACAAGAAGGACGUCCUACUCGACAAGAUAGUCUCACUGAUUCCGACCAACAGUUCCUGCGUGGUCCGCCGGGAGCUUGUUCACGUCUUGAACGCUGCCGCCAACCAACGACUUCCGGAACUGGUCACAUCCUGCAAGCAGGAGUCGAUCAAACAGCCGGAACCGGCCAAGAGUGCCGCCAAGGCCAAGGCAAAAUCAAAGCAAAAGAAACCGCCAACGGCGGUGAGCACUACCUCAUCGGAAGCCGUCAUGACCCGCGCGUGGUCAUGUCUUAAAACGCUGCAGAACGACCCGGAUCCGGAAGUGGCCGGGGCGGUACGCUCGCUGGUGAACCUGGUCCGUCAAAAAGCCAACGCUAAUGGGAACGAUGCCGGCAAGAAGGCCAAGAAGAAGCUGGCCGCGCAAGAAGCGAACGCUAUGCUACUUCCGGCGAGGGAGUCCUACCGGGAGCGGUGCCUUCGGGAGUUCCUGGAGAAGGUGGCUGCGCCACCGCAAGUGGUCGAAGAAGACAAGGAGAACCACUCCAGACUGGCGAAUGGUGUGGAAAAUUCGAGGAAUCCAACGAUGGCGCUGCUGAACCACCAGCUGCGACAUCUGCAAACAAAGCGGGCACCGGAAAUUGUUCGGUUCGGGCCGCAACGGCAGCUGGCGAUUCCGUUCAAAGAAUGUGUCUCCUGGCAGGACUACGACGGAGAAGCGGUCCACAACCUGAAACCGACGCCGAGUGCCACCGGAAAUGGCGAUACGGCCCACCCAGUAACCUCGCUUCUUUUCCAAAGCGCUUCCAACCUCCUGGUUGGCCACCGUGACGGCGUCGUCCGUAUGUGGAGUUCAACAGACCAGGAGUCCCCAACCCUAAUCAACGCUUGGCAGGCCCUGUACGACCACGAAACCCCAACUCCACCAAAGCCGGUCAACCCCGUCAUGACCACCAUCGACAACCGGAAGUUGCUGGUCGGCGGCGACUCCAAACACAUCCGCUGCUGGGACUUGAACCAGGAAGUCCUCUCCGAAGACCUCCCCUCAGACCACGGAACAAUCACGGCAAUGACCAACCACGGUCACAACCUAGCCGUCGGCACGGCCGACGGCGCCGUCCGACUCUACGACCUUCGCGCACCCAACAAAGUGGCCACCGCUGCACCGAAGCACGCCAAACCGCCGAAAAUAAUCAGCUUCCGCCCCAACGAUGAACACACGCUGGUCAGCGUGUGCGCGGCCGGUUCGGUCCACGUGUUGGACACCAGGAAGAUGACACCCGUAAAAACCUGGUCGAUUCCGGAGCUAGCGUUCCCCGAGGUGGCCAUCCACGAACGGUUGGACCUGAUGGCGACGUGCAGCGCCGAAGUGGUUGAGGUUUACACCGUUGAAGGGAAGGAAGUGGCGCGAGUUGAUCGGAACGAUGUGGGCGAGGGAGUGCCAGUUGUUGUCGGAGGAGCGGUUGGGAAGAAACGACCGCCGACAUGUGUGGCGUUCCAUGGGACGGAGCUGCUGAUGUGCGUCGGAUACAAGGACAACAUGGCGGUGCUGUUUGGCGAGAAGGUUGGUGGAGAGUAGAUGGUUAAUUUUUUUUCUAACACUUGACGCAAUUUCUUAA